AUGAAACCAAAGGUAUCAAUUGCGUCACUACUAACAUUGCUAUCUGCAAUUACGGCGGUGGAUAACCAACUAAGCACCCAUGACAACGGAAGUCCUUCCUAUCAAAUAGAAGCACCACCGACGACUGACCAGUGCGAGAAUUACACCGUUGUAUCCAGGUGGUUUAAUGAACAGCUAAACAUUAAUUCGCAAUUGUCAAACUUGCGAACAGAAAUGGACCUGAUCAUAAAUUCAUUCAAUAGAUCGACUUGUCCUAAGAAAUUCUGCCCUUAUAAUGAAAACACCCUUCAAUUAAUUAUUGACAAUCUACACGAAAUAAGUGAAGGCAAAAGAACAGGAGUUGAGCGGCCUAAGCUUAAAGGAGAUUUGGGAAAGAAUCUUGAAACAAGUGUAUCAAAGAUCAAGAAAGCCGUCGUUAAGGCCUUCAAAGCUUGUUGUGAGAACUUACAAGAGAAAAUACAGAUGCUCAAAGAUGAUCUCGAAGAAAAAGUGAGGGAUUUGGCCAGAAAAAUAAAAGAUGUAAAUUCAGACAAAGAAGACGAUCUUCAGAAAAGCCUAAAAAAUCUGGAGGAUCAAAUGGAAGACGUAAAAUCAGGAUUAAAAAAAUUGCAAAAAGAAAUGGGCGACACUGAAGAAAAUUCUAAAUGUUGUGCAGAAUUGAAAGGACAAGCUGAGGAGUUAAGCGACAAGAUUUUCGCGGCCAAAAAUGUAGCUGAUGUCAAAGCCCAAAAGCUGGAGAAUGAGCUCGAACAGUUAAAGAAUUCGCAACGGAAACAGGACAAAAUAACUAUUUCUUUAAAACAAAGGAUAGAAAACAAUGGCGGGGAUACUAUAAAUAUUUUGGAGAAAUACAAAAAAGAUUGCAGAAAUGAAACCGUUCCCGAGGACACACGUUUGGAAUUGGGCAACCUACAUGACUUGGAAAAGAAGACCGAAAACUUACAGAUACUCGUCAAAAACAUCUCCAAUAAGUUAUCCGAUUUGGACACUCAGGGAUCUUCAACCAAGUUAAGUGUAAACCUCAAAACUUGCCUGGAAAAUAACGAAAAGCUGGGUAAAAUUCUUUCCCAACUUGAGGAAAUGCUUAAACAAAAAACUCAAGCUUGUGUAAAUGCCAGCUUAUCAAGUAAUGACAAUUGUGCGCCUGAUAAAAAGCUUAAGGAUCUUAUUAAAGACCUUGAAAAGGAAAAUGAAAGCCUUAGUGCAGAACUACAAAAAUUCCCUAAGUGCUGUCAGAGAAUUGAUGAACUCAUCUUGCAAGCCGAUCAAUUGAAAAUUUUGCUUCAUAACAUGAACCAAACCUACAAUAAUCACAUUAAAACUAACGCGGACCAAUUUAAGGCCAUUCAAGAGGCCCUGAAUGAAACUCUAAGGAGGUUGGGCGACAUCAAGAAACCGGAAAACAAUAAAGGCUUACAAGAGCAAGUAAGUCCCAUUGAAAGAAAAUUGAACAAAGCCAACUUGAAUUUAGAAACACUGAAAAAACGACAAGAUGAUUUUUCAAAGCUUUUGGAUAGUACCAAACAUCAAACAAACUCUCGGAAUGAGUUGGAAAAACUUAAAAAAGAUUUCAACGAAUUUCGACAAAAGGUUUAUAAGCAGUUAAAGGAUUUUAAACAAGAAAAGUUAGGCGAACCUUCAGCUGAUUUCAAGGACCGGGAGAAACGUAUAAAUAAACUAAACGAUAACAUUCGACCAAAUCUGGAUAAAUUAAAGGAAACAUUUCAGCGCCAUGAAGACUUAGAAAAGCUGGUCAAAGAUAAGAUGGAAAACAUGAAAACGCCAUCAAAACUAAAGCUUGCAUGUCAAAGAAAAUGCAAGGGGAUAAACCAAAUUAAUGACCUCGUGGAACAAAUUGAAGAAGCGGAGCAGAUGUUUGUAACGAUACGUGUUCCGAAACCUACACCCACUCCGAAAGUUAAACCAAAACCUAAACCCCUUCCGAAACCAAGUCAAAAGCCGAAGCCGAAGCCGACACCGAAACCUAAACCUAAACCAAAACCAAAACCGAAGCCAAAACCGACAGAUUCUAAUGUUAUAAUAGGUGGUGUCGAUUAUACCUCUCCUCGGAACGUCCUGAGGAAUAUGUGGUUCUUAACUUUGAACUUGGCUAACCGGCGACAGAGGUUCGUGGACCGCAGCAAACGUGACGAAAAUGAAACCAAAGGUGAGUUCAAUGGAUCCAACAAUCAGAAAGUGUUCAUUCAACAAUGCCAACGCCAAGCACAGGUAUCGAUUGCGUCACUACUACUACUUCUGCUAUCUGCAAUUACGACGACGGAGAACCAAGUAAAUACCCAUGACGUGGAAAGUCCGUCAAAUCAAGAAAAAGCACCUUCACUGAAUGAGCAGUGCCAAGACUACAACGAUAUUGCCGGGUGGAUGCGUGAGCAGAUAAAUCUUAAUACCCAAUUGAGGUAUUUGCAAACCGAUCUGGACUUCAUUCUUAGCUCAUUAUAUAAAACGAAUCCACUAAAAAAGUGCUAUUUCUAUGAGGAGAACACUCUACAAUUAAUCAUUGAAAAUGUCAAUGCAAUCAAAGCCAAUGGAACCCAAACUGCUUUUGAGUCCAUAGGAGAUCUGGAAAAGAAUCUCGAAAUUAUUUUGCCCCGGAUGAAAGAAGUAGUACCCAAGGGCAUAAAAAGCUGCUGUGAAAACUUAUUAUUUGAAAACCUAAAAGAUGAUAUGAAGAAACAAGUGCAAGAUCUAACAAUAAAACUGAAAGAAGUGAACUCAGAAAAAUCCACAGAAAAUGACGCAUUUCAUAAAAAAUUAAAAGACUUGGAGAAUCAAAUAAAUGAAAUUAAACCAAACUUGGAAAUGCUACAAAAACAAAUGGGUGACAAUAAUGAAAAUACUAAAUGUUGUAUUGAGCUGAAAAGUCAAGUUCAGGAUUUGGAAAAUAGGCUCAGGUUGGCGAAAAACGAAAAGGAAGAUCAAGCCCAUACGUUAGGGAACCAGCUAGAAGAUCUAAAAAACAAGCAACAUAAAGCAGCAGAAAUAGCAACUAAUCUUAAGCAAACCACCGAGGAUAAGCCCGGAAUAUUAAAUAUUAAACAAAUUCUAGAACAGUGCGCCAAAAAUUGCUUAAAUAAAAAUGGUUCUGAAGACAACCGCUUACUUGACUUGGAAAAGAAAAUCGAAAACUUACAGAUACUCGUCGAAGCCGUUUCCAAAAAGUUUAUCGAUUUGGUUAUCCCUGAAUCAUCAACAAAUUUAAGUGUAACGAUUAAUACUUGUCUUCAAAAUGGCGAAAGGCUAACCAAAAUUCAAUCUCAUCUACAGAAUUUAGUAAGACAAAAAAAUGAAUCCUGUUUUGUGCAAUCAAAUUGUUCCUCUGAUGAAGACCUUAAAAAAAACAUUAGGGAACUAGAAGAAAAACGUGAAAGAUUACGAAAUGAUCUUAAAAAGUUCCCGGAGUGCUGCCAAAAAAUUGACGAGCUUCUCCUGCAAGUGGCUAAUUUAGAACGUUUGCUUAAGGACAUGAACCAAACCUAUAAUGAUCACCUUAAAGCUAACACAGAUCAAUUUAAUACCAUAAAAGAGGCCAUGGACGAUGCCCUAAAAAAGUUGGGCGACAAGAAGCAAUCGAAUAAUGACGGUCUUCGGGAGCAAGUACAGAACCUUAAUAAAGUGCUAGACAAAGCUAAGUUGAAACUUGAAGUAUUAAAAGAGAGGCAAGAUGGGUUAUUAAAAGAUAAAGAUUCUAUAGAAAAUUUAACAUACUCUCCGGAUGAGUUGGCAAGUUUAAAAAAGGAAUUCGACGACUUGAAACAAGAUGUUGCGAAGAUGAUAAAGGAUUUCGAAGUUCUAGGAAAUAUCAGAAAGGAGUCAGUGCAACGUCUGGAGAAAUUCAACAAUGAAGUUAGUCAAGAUCUAGAUAAAAUAAAAGAAAAACUUUUACCAUCCGACGAAUUGGAAAAACAGGUCAAAGAUCAGAUAGAAGAGCAGAAAAAGCAAGCCAAUCUAAUGCUGGAUUGCAAAAAUAGGUGCAUGAAAAUUGACAAGAUAAAUGAUCUCAUAGAUCGAGUCGAGGACCUGGAGAAGUUGUAUAAUAAAUUAAAGGUAUCA